UUAUAAAAUACCCUGGGAGAAGCCAGUCACCAAGACAGGCAUCUCAAAUCGGAUGACUUUGCAUGUGGAAACUGCCUUCAGCUUGAUCAAGAAAGGUCCCCACUACAGUUACCGAGCCUCACGAUGGUGAUGACGCUGUUGCUGCUUUCCACACUGGCUGGCCUCUUCAGUGCAGCAGAGGGACAAGCAUUCCAUCUUGGGAAAUGCCCAAAUCCUCCUGUGCAGGAGAAUUUUGACGUGCAUAAGUAUCUCGGAAGAUGGUACGAAAUUGAGAAGAUCCCAGUGAGCUUUGAGAAAGGAAGUUGCAUCCAAGCCAACUACUCACUCAUGGAAAAUGGAAACAUCAAAGUAUUAAACCAGGAGUUGAGACCCGAUGGAACCGUGAAUCAAAUAGAAGGUGAAGCCACCCAGGUUAAUCUCACGGAGCCCGCCAAGCUGGGAGUUAAGUUUUUCUGGUUGAUGCCAUCAGCACCGUACUGGGUCCUGGCCACCGACUAUGAGAACUACGCCCUCGUGUACUCCUGCACCACAAUCAUCUGGCUUUUUCAUAUGGACCAUGCUUGGAUCUUGGGAAGAAACCCUUAUCUCCCUCCAGAAACAGUGACCUAUCUAAAAGAUAUCCUGACUUCUAAUAGUAUCGAAAUCGAGAAAAUGACUAUCACAGAUCAGGUGAACUGCCCAGAGUUCCUGUAACCAGGCCCUAAAGGGAGGCUACAUCCCCUCCAUGUUAUUUCUUCUGCUUUGCUUUCCCCCACCUGACCCAUCCCUCAUAAAGACAAACCAACCAUGACAAACCAUCGCAAAUACCAGAGAGAAAUUUGACCGCAGAAGACAGUGGAGGGGAACUCACAGGAAGGUGGCCCAACACUUAGUCAUCUCUACCCUGUUACCUUGCUAGCUCAAUAAUAAACUUGUUGCCAACCUGCUGUGCUCACAGUAGAUUCCAAA